AUGUGGAAAGAAAUCGAUUGGAGUAAUCAAUCAAGUUGGCCACUUUGGCUUCGUGCAGGACUCCAUAUGACCGGAAAUAAUUCAGUGCCUUAUCGUGUACACCUCUAUCAACGUAUUGAUCCACAAUCUAGGCCUCCCUAUAACUGGCCUUAUUGUCGAAAUGUUAAACAAGAAGCUGGUAUUUAUUUGCAGUUUAUUUAUGAUUACUACUACGAUUUACCAGAAAAAAUUCUAUUUAUUCAUGGAGAUCCGUUUACUCAUUCGCCUCAUCCAAUCGAAGCCGCCUUAUGCAUACGUGAUGAUGUUCAUUAUGCCAGUGUUAAUUCAUUCUGGAUACAAGAUCGACCUUGGAUCGUAUGGAGACGAGAUCCGAUUUCUCAAAUAUCGUUGCUGUAUCAUUGUGCAAGUCGGUUAUUAAAAUUACUAGGCUACGAUGCUGAACUUCAAUUGAAUCCUACAAAAAUUAAUCCGAAAGAUACUAAUCUCAUUUCAACAUAUUGCUGUGCUCAGUUUUACGUAACAAAGCAACGUAUUCAUCACUACACAUAUGAACAAUGGUCAAAAUUGUAUCAUGUUAGUCAAGAACCAUAUUGUACCGCAGAACACGUUCCUGAAAAAACUGGUAUACCUGAGGAGAAACGGUUUGGAGUAGCUUUUGAACAUCUUUGGCAUGUUAUACUUGGACUUCAUUCCACUAAUAUGCAACCAUCGAUAAACGGUACAAACACUGAUCGAUGUCAUCUAUUUCGUUUGUCAUGCGCUGGAUCACCAUGCUAA